AUGGCAUUCUCUGUUCAGGGGAAGCAUGCAGAUGUGGCACUGGGGGGAUCGUUGGCCAAGUUGGCUUACUACUCCACCGUCCAACAUAAAGUGGCCAGGGUACAGUCCUUCGAUCAGUCGUGCAAGGAUGUCGAACACGAGUCUCCCUACGAGAUCACCGUCCAGGAGGAGAUCACGGCCCGUCUCCAUUUCAUUAAAUUCGAGAACACCUACAUCGAAGCCUGCUUGGAUUUCAUCAAAGACCACCUCGUCAACACCGAAACGAAAGUCAUCAAAGCCACGGGGGGUGGUGCGUACAAAUUCAAAGAACUUAUUGAGGAGAAGCUGGGAUUAAAAUUAGAUAAAGAAGACGUGAUGACUUGCCUGAUUAAGGGGUGCAAUUUUGUCCUCAAGAACAUCCCCCACGAGGCCUUCGUCUACCUGAAGGAUGCCGACCCCGAGUUCAGGUUUCAGAUGAACCAUCCUCACAUUUUCCCUUACUUGCUGGUCAACAUUGGCUCCGGAGUUUCGAUCGUCAAGGUGAGGACAGAAACUCUGCCUUUUCUGACCUCGGCGGUUGAGAAGUUUGAUGAAUUGCUGCAGCUCGCCUCGAAGGGCCAACACACCAACGUCGACAUGCUGGUGAAGGACAUCUACGGCGGGGCGUACCAAACCCUCGGACUCAGCGGGAACCUGAUAGCUAGCAGCUUUGGAAAAUCCGCCACAGUGGAUAAAGAUUUUUCCAAAGAAGACAUGGCCAAAAGUUUGCUGCACAUGAUCAGCAACGACAUCGGGCAGCUGGCUUGCCUGCACGCUAAACUCCACAACCUGGACAAAAUCUACUUCGGGGGCUUCUUCAUCCGUGGUCACCCAGUCACCAUGCGUACCAUCACUUACAGUAUCAACUUCUUCUCCAAGGUAGCGGGAAUAAUUAAAUCAGAAAUCCUGGAGCAGGGCCACUGGGGACUCCGUGGGCCGAAUGUGAGGAACGCGUUAAUUUUGUCUCCGGGUUCUCUGAUGGGUCUCUUUUUCCUUUCGCAGGCCCCAGCUCAUAAAUGUGCCUUAAUUUUUGCAGAUAACAGUGGAAUUGAUGUCAUCUUAGGUGUCUUCCCUUUUGUUAGGGAAUUGCUCUGUAGGGGCACGGAGGUUAUUUUGGCUUGCAAUUCAGGUCCUGCCCUGAAUGACGUCACGUAUAACGAAUCCUUGCUUGUGGCGGAAAGGAUCGCGACGAUGGACACAGACAUAGAUAGUGCCCUGAAGGAAGAGAGGCUCCUCUUGGUCCAGACAGGAUCCAGUUCGCCCUGCUUGGAUCUCAGCCGCUUGGACAAGGGCCUGGCCAGCUUGGUCCGAGAGCGGAAGACCGACCUGGUGAUCAUCGAAGGAAUGGGCCGGGCCAUCCACACCAACUACCACGCCAAGCUGAAGUGCGAGAGCCUUAAGCUGGCAGUGCUGAAAAACUCUUGGCUGGCCGACCGUUUGGGCGGGAAGAUCUUCAGCGUCAUUUUCAAGUACGAGGUCCCCCUCAAAUCCUCCUGAUGAACCCCCAGAGGGGGCACCCCGAAAGAGGCCGAGCUCCGACUUAGCCAAGGACUUGCACUAGUUACAAUUUUAAUGGUAAAGAAUGUAUUUUUAUUACCACAGGGAAAAUGAGUUCUCUCUCUCUCUUGCGCGCGCACACACACACCACACACCUCUGUAUUUAUAUUGUGCUUUUGUGACUUAAAAAGAAAGCAGCUAUCACUCACUCCACGGGCCUGCCUGCGUGUCUGUCUUUCUCCGAAUUGGAUUGGCAGUUCGGUUUUUCCUCCCCCCCCCUCCCAGGGUUUUGUGUGUGUGUGUGAUGCUUGUAUUGAAAUGGUUUUUAUAUAUAUAUUCUAUAUUUUAGCUUAAAUUUGAACUGGCCGAUUACACAGCCAAAGAUCAAAUAGAAAUUGUAAAAAGAUGAAGGAAUCUUGGUUCUUCUAUACUUUACAGGCCCAAAGUGAAGCAAAACUGUUUGAAAAGGCCGAUUUUUAAAAAGAGACUAUUUCUACACCAAAAAGCACCAUUAGCUUAAUAUUAAUGUGAACAAUAUUAGAAGUCUUGGGGAUAGACAAGCAUGGAAGAGUAGAGGAUGCCUCUUAUAGUGACCAUAUGCCGAAGAAUAAUCAC